GGAAGCCGACGAGGGCCCAGCGCUGGCUCUGCCUGGAGGAAGUUAACCGCAGAAACCUAGACAGCGGCGCUCUGGUGUCUUGGACUGCAAUGGCUACUGCAGAAGCGAGCGGUAGCGAGCGGAAAGGAGAGGGCGGCGACACCUCUGUCACCUACUACCGGCUGGCGGAGGUGGCGAAGCGGAACACGUCGAAGGAAGUAUGGAUGGUGAUCCACGGACGCGUCUACGAUGUCACCCGCUUCCUCAACGAGCAUCCUGGUGGGGAAGAGGUUCUGCUGGAACAAGCUGGUGUAGAUGCAAGUGAAAGCUUUGAAGACGUAGGCCAUUCCUAUGAUGCCAGGGAAAUGCUGAAGGAGUACUAUAUCGGUGAUGUCCACCCGAGUGACCUUAAACCUCAAGGUGGUAACAAGGAUCCUUCAAGAAACAAUUCAUGUAAAAGUUGCUGGGCAUAUUGGAUUUUGCCGAUUGUAGGUGCUGUCCUUAUAGGUUUACUGUAUCGUCACUACACGGCAGACAGCAAAUCCUCCUGAGGAGUCUUGUUGAAGUCCCAGAACACGUCCUCUUGAGAAGGAAAAGUAGAGACUUGAUUUGGGGGGCCUUGGCAGUGUCCCCUCCUUGAAUCCUGCCAGUUGUCUUCUUUCCCCUUGGAGCCAAGACGGUUGACCAGGCGUCCAUCCACCUUCAAUCUGGGACCAGUGUCCUUCCUGUUUCAGAGCCUUACUCCCAAGUGUCCACUCACUGUUCUGUGUUCUUCCUUUCACUGGUUUCUACACGUACCCUUGUAUUUCACAAGCUUAUGUUAAUGAUCAUGAUUCCUGUGUUGUAGUGCCAUUGCCUUUGGUAAAAACACCUGAUUUCCAGUAUGUUGAACUCACAGUAAAUUUGUAAGGGGCCAGUGCUAUAGUUUUGAAGCUUUUCUGUUUCCACUUUUCUUUUAAGUAAAUUUUAAAAUUCUGAGUUAAUCUGGGUAUUUAUCAUAGGGGUUUAAUUCAUGAAAGUAAGGUGUAUCUAUCACUUAAACCAUAUCUGCCAAAUGAUUUUAUUCUUUACUGAUGUUUGUUAAAACCAGAAAGAACUUUGUGGUCAUCUCCCCUUUUUGAGGCCAAUGUAGAUGGUGGCUCUCCCCAUUCCCUCUCUUCUCAAGGGUGCUAAACAAAAACUGUGCUUCCUCUUGAUUUCUUGGGGGUGGAAGAGCCAAAGGAACAGGUGAUGAACUGGUUUGAAUUCAGAAUAAUCUUUCUUCUGAAAAACACUGAAGACGCUACUUAACAGGACAGUUGAUUAAAGAAAGCACCGAAGCCUUUUCUCUCAUCUGGUACCAGACAUUAACCACUGUGUUUUCCUCCAGCUGUCUUUGAUUGGUAAACAUAAAUGUGUGAUUACAUCUGUAAA